UCUGUCUGUUCGUCUCAAAAAUCCUUAAAAGAUUCAAACAUUCACUCCCCUUUCAACUCGUACAUGCACUACUCCUCCUCCAGAUUCCAUUAUGAUGAGCAAUAAUGGAGGCCAACGACAACAAGUGGUCAACUGUUGCAAUUGCCAGACCCAGAUCCCGCUGCCUUCUGUGGUCAACUCUCCGGGCUCCCCCCGUAGUGCUGUAGCCUACAAUGUCUUUUUAGGUUGCAUUUGCACUAUUGUUUCUGAUAAUCAAGUUAUUGGAAACGCUGGGGACCAUAAUGGAAGUUUUUCUGUUGGCAACAGUACUCUCCUUCCCUCGCCCUACAACCACGCGCCGCUGGAACGUCAGCCGAAAGUGCACAGGCCGAAGAAGGCGGUGAUCUGCGGGAUAUCUUAUAAAAAGUCGCCGCAUGAGCUCAAGGGUUGCAUCAAUGAUGCCAAAUGCAUGCGGGAUCUCCUCAUCAACAAGUUCAAGUUUCCAGAAGAUUCCAUUCUCAUGCUCACUGAAGAAGAAACUGACCCAUGUAAGAUUCCCUAUAAAAACAACAUUGAAAGGGAAUUACGUUGGCUUGUACGAGGAUGUCAACAUGGUGACUCCCUUCUGUUUUACUUCUCUGGUCAUGUUUCAAGGCUGAGGAAGCCGUAUCCUUGUGAUGAAGAAGAUAGAUAUCUUGAAACCCUCUGUCCCCUUGAGUUCGAAACCCAGGGUAUGAUUGUUGAUGAUUGGAUAAAUGCAACAAUUGUUAGGCCAAUUCCACUUGGGGUCAAGCUUCAUGCAAUUAUAGAUUGUUCUCAUAGUGGCACCAUACUGGAUUUGCCAUGGCUUUGCAGAAUGGACAGGGGUGGAAACUAUACAUGGGACAAGGCAUCAUUCGUAUGGAAAGGAACAAGUGGUGGAGAAGUUAUAUGUAUCAGUGGCUGUGUUGACCAUCAAACCUCUGCGGAAACACAAUCAAUCACAUCAACAGGUACCAUGACUUCCUGCUUCAUCCAAGCAAUCGAGAGUGGACAGGCAGCCACAUAUGGGAGCUUACUCGAUCUUAUGCAUAAUAACAUUCGAAGUAGGGGUGCUGUUACAUAUCUUGCCGGCAUACUUCAAACAGGAGGAAGUGUUGGUGGUGGUAGGCUAAGACAGGAUCCUCGAUUAAGUGCAUGCAAGCAGUUCCAUGUGUACCAGAAACCUUUUGCCCUGUAAUCUUUUACCUUUCUACACAGAUCGAUCAACACUUCAUUAUAUCUCUAAAUGUAUUUUAGGCUUUAGAUAAUUUUGAAGCAAAUUGAUGAGUAACAAAUUUAUUUUGCCAUC